UAUUAUAUGUCCGUCUCAAAGUCCAUAGCCAGGGGGGGGGGGGGGCAUUUUCUCGCUGAAGGUUUUUCAGAAGAAAAAUAAAACAUAUCGGUGUUUAAAGAGAAGAAGCUGCUUAGCAAACUGAAGAUGAAGGCCUCCAUUUAGAGUUUGCGGGUUGCGGUCGCGCGAGCACAGCCUUGCUGUCACACCUCGCUGACUCUGAGAAAUACAAGUCACGGCUGGAAGUGUGCAAAUCAUAAGCUAAAACGGACCAAGGAAGAAGCACAGAAUGCUUUAAAGUUGGAUAGCUGGCAGUGAGUUGAAAGCCGUUUAGCAAAGCAGUUUAUUGUCAUGCCAAAGUCACCCGGGCGGUCCCGGAAAUAUGAGAAUAUCAUCAUAGCUCUUUUAGCCACUGCAGAGAACACGCGAUUUCUACUUUUGGCAACAGCAAAUACUUCAAUAAGUAUCUGAGGCAUUGUUUCGGGUUUGGGGGCCUUAAAUCUCGCACUAUGGCGGAAUUCCAAGCUGUAAUAAUGGCAGCGGGCAGUGGUUCCCGCAUGUAUCCCAUCAGCGAAGACAUCCCUAAAGCUCUACUGCCUGUAGGGAACCUGCCACUAAUAUGGUAUCCUAUCAACACACUCGAAAAGGCGGGUUUCGAAGAAAUUAUAGUUGUCACGCUAGAAGCAGAAGCAGCAGAAGUCUCUCAUGCAUUGACCAUGUAUUGUAAUCCAAAACUCAAGUUUGAGCUCAAAACAAUCCCUGAUGACAUUGACAUGGGUACUGCAGAUUCUCUUCGACAUAUUAAAGAUGUGAUUGAGAAAGAUGUAAUUGUCAUUAGCUGUGACCUCAUCACAGACCUCCCACUACAUCGUCUGGCUGACAUUCAUCAUACAUAUGACGCAUCAGUCACUGCUCUUCUUGCGCCCGUUCCCGAGACUAGUGCUGACAGAGAGGCAGCAAGUAAUCCUAAAGCAAAGAAAAAGAAGCAACAGAUAGUUCAAAAGCACUAUAUUGCUCUGGAUUCAAAAGAAAGCAGACUUCUGUUUUGUGCAUCUGAAGCAGAUCUAGAAGAAACAUUAAUUGUUCGUAAAGCAUUACUGAAAAGGUACCCUUGUAUAAAUAUUGUUACCAGACUGGUAGAUACUCACUUGUACAUCAUGAAGAAGUGGAUCAUAGAUUAUCUUGUUCAAAAUAAAUCAAUUUCAACUAUUAAAGGAGAACUGAUUCCAUUUUUGGUGAAGAAGCAGUUUCAGAAGCAGAAAAAAGAUAAAGUUGGGCUUCCACUAAAUGAUACAGCAUCUAUCUCCAUGGCAGGUGAUGACCGAAAAACAGACGUUUUAAGCUUUUUAGCAGAAGAUGAGAUCACUGUUGCGACCAGGGGCCUCUCAUCCUGGAGUGGGACAUGUACAACAGAUAAGGGUGAUGGGAACGCCUUACGGUGCCACGCCUAUGUGAUGGAGAGUGGUCUGUGUCUAAACGCCAACACAUUACAGCUUUACAUGGAAGCAAACAGACUGAUUCCCAAACAGCUUCCAAGUCUCUCAUCCAAAGAAAUUCCUCUUAUUCACUCAACCGCAGUGAUUAAGCCUAAAUCACAGGUUGGCAAUGACAGUAUGGUGGAUGCUAGUGUUUCCAUUGGAGAUAAAGUAUCUGUAAAGCGGUCCGUUAUAGGCAAACACACCACUAUAGGAGAUAAAGUCAAGAUUAGUAACUCUGUCAUCAUGGAUCAUGUCACCAUCAAAGAUGGGUGUAACAUCACUAGUUCUAUUGUAUGUAACAAUGCCUACAUCAAGGAGAAUGCAAGCCUGAAAGACUGUCAAGUUGGCAACUCACACACUAUUGGUGAAGGAGCAGAGUGCAAGGGAGAGGCAUUAGUUGCUGAUCAGCUUAUGGAUUUUGACUAGCCAAGGCUGCACUAGCUGCCCUUUUGUGAAGAUAACAACAACAAAAAAAAACAAAGAAUGCCAUUCACAAAAGAACCCAGAAAAAUACAAUGAGUCUGUGGCUGUCCACUUUUGACUCCUUAAAUUAUUGUAGGCAACAACUUUAAAAUUAAAUAAAGGGAUCAAUAGCAUACCAA